AUGGGUCAACUACUUUCUCACCCGUUAACGGAAAAAUAUCUGGAAUAUAACGACUAUAAACAUGUUUCACAGGAUCAGACUUCCAAUAUAACUUCUGCUGAUGGUAAUUUGGUACCACACUUCUACAAUUGUGUAGGAUCUAUGCAAGGUUAUAGGCUAACGCAAGAGGAUGCACAUCUUGUGUUAAACGAGGAUAAGGCCAUUCACGUUAAAUUUUAUGAUCCUUUCAAGAAUAAGAUGGAGCAAUUGAAACUUAGUAUAUUUUCCUUAUUUGAUGGUCACGGUGGUGCAGAUUGUUCAAAUUUUCUCAGCGGGGGGCAUCAACACAGCGCUAAAAAGGGUAUUGCAAGAUGGAUAGCGUACAGCUUUGAAAGACACCAAUAUGGAGCCUAUCUUGACAAUGAUAGUGAUUCUUUGAGGCCUCCAAACUCGAAGAGAGCGUUCAGAACUUUACAAGGGCUUAUAACGCAAGUUAUUAAAGAUGCAUUUAUGUUGCAAGAUCAAGAGCUAUAUCAGCAUUUUGCAAACAGUUCGUGUGGCUCAACAGCUGUAGUUGCGAUUAUUAUUAAUAACGAAUUUUUAUAUGUGGCGAAUUGCGGUGAUUCCAGAUGCAUUCUUUCGUCGAAAAAUUUAGGAAUUAAAACGAUGUCAUACGAUCAUAAACCUCAACAUAUAGGUGAAUUAUUAAGAAUAAACGAUAAUGGCGGUACAGUUUCUUUAGGUAGAGUUGGUGGAGUCUUGGCAUUAAGUCGAGCUUUCAGCGAUUUCCAAUUCAAAAGAGGGGUGAAUUAUGGUAAAAACAAGGGUCAUCAUCAGAAUGCGGGUAUUCCUCCUCAAGAAGCACAAGUGACCGCUGAGCCUGACGUGUUAAUGCAUAAGAUCGAUUUCACGAAGGAUGAGUUUUUAGUACUAGGAUGCGAUGGUAUAUGGGAUAUCUACAGUAAUAAACAACUGGUACAGUUUAUUAAGUAUCACUUAACCUUGGGAGUAAAUUUACCUGGUAUUAUUACCAAAUUGUUAGAUCACGGAAUAGCGCAAGCUAAUAGCAAUACUGGUGUCGGUUUCGAUAAUAUGACAGCAAUAUUGGUUGUUCUAAAUAAUGGUGGAGAGAGUCUACAAGAUUGGUACACAAAGAUGAAAGUUCGUCUUGAACGCGAACGGGGUCUUCAAUAA